CGCUUUGCUGUGGGCGUAGGUGUGCGUCCCACAGCGUCUCGGUUCCAGUGUCGAGGUUCUUUCUGCUUUGCUACCCGGAGCCGACUACGAAGGAGGACAUCUGCGUUUCUGUCUCCUCCAUCUGUUACCGCAGCUGCCUGGGUCCCGCACGAGAGCUAGGUGAUACUUAACUGUGCCCUCAGCGUUUUGAGCACUGUUCUCAUAAUGGAGUUUCCUGAUUUGGGGAAGCAUUGCUCAGAAAAAACUUGCAAGCAGCUAGAUUUUCUUCCAGUAAAAUGUGAUGCGUGUAAACAAGAUUUCUGUAAAGAUCAUUUUACAUAUGCUGCACAUAAGUGUCCGUUUGCAUUCCAGAAGGAUGUUCAGGUCCCGGUAUGCCCACUCUGUAAUACUCCCAUCCCAGUGAAAAAGGGCCAGAUACCAGACGUGGUGGUUAGCGAUCACAUUGACAGAGACUGUGACUCUCAUCCUGGGAAGAAGAAAGAGAAGAUUUUUACAUACCGUUGCUCAAAAGAGGGCUGCAAGAAGAAAGAGAUGCUGCAGAUGGCAUGUGCCCAGUGUCACGGCAACUUCUGUAUCCAGCACAGACACCCUUUGGACCAUAGCUGCAGACACGGGAGUCGCCCUACCGUCAAAGCCGGGUGAGAAGAGACUCAGCUGCGAUGGCUUGGAACACGCAGUAGCUUGCGUGGAAGCAGCUUGCACUCUAGUGGGAGGCGGCGCCCCAUCGAGCACCGUCCCACACUGACUGCUGACCUUGUUUGUUGAGGGAGAUGGGACUAUAAUAAAGUUGAAUGCUGAAGUUGA